AUGCUGCACACGACCGCCCACACCACACCAGACCACAACACAACACACAGCGCGAACAUCACCACCAGCUAUCCUCCACCAACAGCCUCGACGCACACCAGCCAUACCACCACGAGCGAGCGCGUACGCUACGACCAAUUACAGCACGCCCGGCGUGUGAUCAUGAUGAUGAAGACUUCUUCGAACCGCUGGCUGGGUCUCCUCGGUGCUGCGGUCAUCAUGUGGUCGUCUGCUAGUAGUGUUGUCGCAACCACCAGCGACCAGUUUGACGCCUGCGAUGCGGCGCAAGACAUCGGAAACGGGCGCUGUAACAUGGGCAACAACAUCGAAGAAUGCGGCUUCGAUGGCGGCGAUUGCUGCGAGUGCACCUGCGAGGACGGAGAAUAUACCUGCGGCCAGUACUAUGGUUACGCCUGCAUUGACCCCGACGCCACGUGCGUGGACGACGACGCUGUCACGGUUGACAUGAUGGAGAACUGCUACGACCCGUCGCGCAUUGGAAACGGCGCCUGUGACAGCCUACUAAACAAUGAAGACUGCGCUUAUGAUGGUGGAGAUUGCUGCGAGUGCACGUGUGACCCUUCUAGGUACCCAUGGUACGAUUCGGGUGUGGGUUGCCAGACCGGCAUGUAUGGCGGCUUCGCCUGCAUUGACCCGGAUGCACCGUGCGUGGACGACGACAUCGUCACCGCCGAGAUGAUGGACCUGUGCUCCACCGGCCAGAUCGGGAAUGGGUACUGCGACGACAGCAACAACAGCCCAGAAUGCGCGUACGAUGGUGGCGAUUGCUGCGAGUGCACCUGUGAGUCGCACGACGAUGGCUACGAGUACUACUGCGAACCCGGAAGUUUCGCGUGCAUCGACCCUGAAGCGGAGUGCGUGGACGACGACGACAACACUGCGGAGCAGUACGAGCACUGCGGCUGGGUAACGCGCAUUGGGGAUGGCAUGUGUGAUGACGAAAACAACAAGGAAGAAUGCGGCUUCGACGGCGGCGAUUGCUGCGAUUGCACUUGCGUAGUUCCUUCUUCGGCUUGGUCUGACUAUGCAUGCCAAGAGGUCUACAACAUCAACAGCUUUGACUGCCUCGACACGAGCGCCUCGUGCUACGGGGAGGAACAUCUGUCGUAUGAGCUCAGCUUUUCCUGGGACGACAACGAGUAAACGCUGCCAACCCGUCGACCUCGCCUCUCUACACCCUCAGCAUACAUAGGUGCUAUUUUUCGGUGUACUGUGUACUCCGGUCGCCCUGGUGGUCGAU